UUGGGUCAUCAGUCAGCUCCAGCAAUCCAAUCCAGCAACAUGCAGAAGACAAGCAUCCUAAUCCUGGCCAUUGUGGCAAUCUCCGCCAUUACUGAAGCAGUGCCUUAUGGAGGUUCUAGAAAAUUCCCGACGUCACGGCCAAUCCGCUUCCGCCGUCAGGUGCUGGGCGGUUCCUUGGCCUCCAACCCUGUAGGAGGUGCUGAUGCUCGGGUGGAUCUCACCAAGGGCAUUGGCGAUCCCAACCACAAUCUGGUGGGCCAGGUCUUCGCAGCUGGAAACACGCAAAGAGGUCCGGUCACUACUGGAGGAACUCUGGCCUACAACAAUGCUGGUCAUGGUGCCUCUUUAACCAGAACUCACACGCCUGGAGUGAAGGACGUCUUCCAGCAGGAGGCCCAUGCUAAUCUCUUCAAUAAUGGCCGACACAAUCUGGAUGCCAAGGUGUUCGCCUCGCAGAACAAACUGGCCAAUGGAUUCGAGUUCCAGCGCAAUGGAGCCGGUCUGGAUUACUCACAUAUUAAUGGACAUGGUGCCUCCUUGACACACAGCAACUUCCCCGGAAUUGGACAGCAACUUGGCGCGGAAGGACGCGCUAACCUUUGGUCAUCGGCGGAUCGGGCCACCCGUUUGGAUCUCACGGGAUCGGCCAAUAAGUGGACCAGUGGACCCUUUGCCAACCAGAAAACCGACUUCGGCGCUGGUCUAGGACUUUCUCAUCACUUCGGUUAAAUAUAACUCUCAAAUAUGUAGAAACUAAUUUAUUUAAAUACAAGUUUGAACCGAAAA